GCAAGUACAACAGUCUUCUGUGCGCCCCCAUUCAUUUCCUGCAGAGAGCAGCUGAGAGAAGAGACUGUUUUAGGGAAGGAAAUAUUUCUCCUCUACAGCCUUUCACCAGAUGCUGCCUGAUCUGCUGAACAUUCGACAGUGAGAGCCAUUGCAGAUUCAGUCUGAUUCUGAUGGUCGGACGCCUUUGAAAACAUAAUGUUAAUGCUCGACGGGAUGCCGGCAGGGAGAGUCAAACCCGAGCUCCUGGACUCUGAGAGGGGGUCUCCACAAGCCCCUAACUUUUCAGAUAUGGAAGCUGUACCUAUUUUGCUUAACAAUGUGAAAGCUGGACCCCCAGAGGUCUUGCUGUCCACUGAUCACUAUCAAACACAAACUGAGCCAGUGGACUUGUCUAUUAACAAAGCCAGGACAUCUCCAACAGCUGUAUCAUCAACACGUUCCUCACCCAGCUCAGUGACAACAACCUCAAUCCCUUCAAUGUCCUCUUGCUCUCCUCGAUUGACUUCAUCCCCAUCUGUGAUAACCUCAGUGACUUCAUCAACAGGAAUGUCUACAGUAUUAACGCCAGGCUCCGUUGUUGCAUCUUCCCCGGGUGUCGGGGGCCAACAGUACUUGCACAUAAUCCACCCAAUGCCACCUUCAAAUGCAAUGAACUUUCCGUCCAGUAAACUGCAUCGCAUUCCAGUGGUUGUACAAUCCGUUCCUGUGGUAUACACAGCCAUGAGGUCACAGAGGAACUCUACCAUCGUACUCCCAAUGCUGGAAGAUGGGCGGAGUCAAAUGAAAGUGGAUGCUCAGCAGUGCAUUGUGAAAAAGCCCUUCAGCCUACAACCGCACAGUAUUGUUCCACACAACCAUACUUGGCACCAUAGUGUAAUCGAGAGGGAGAUAGCACAACUGAGGAGCCUCUCGCCUAGACACAUCAAAAGUGAUAGUGAGGAUGACGACUUUCCAAACGUGACGUUGGACAGCGUUAAUGAGACUGGAUCCACAGCACUCUCCAUUGCAAGAGCUGUACAAGACGCAGAUUCUCCUUUCAGUAUCGAGAGCACAAGACGCCAGCGAAGAUCAGAGUCCCCUGAAUCGAAGAAACGGCGCAUUCACAGAUGUGACUUUGAGGGCUGCAAUAAGGUCUACACAAAAAGCUCUCACUUGAAAGCACAUAGGAGGACACAUACAGGUGAAAAACCAUACAAAUGCACAUGGGAAGGCUGCACGUGGAAAUUUGCCCGCUCAGAUGAGCUGACGAGGCACUAUCGCAAGCACACGGGGGUAAAGCCCUUCAAGUGCGCAGACUGUGACCGCAGUUUCUCUCGCUCAGAUCACCUGGCACUGCAUCGCAGGAGGCACAUGCUCGUUUAAAGGUGGUUUUGAAGAACAGUGGGGAAAGCAGAGCAGGAUCUCUUCCAAACCCUCUAAUUCAGCUGGGCUGAAUUAUCAAAAGUGGGCAUCCCUAAUUGUCCAACCGAAGAAACAAAAUAAAAAGUGAAGAGCACUCUAACCUUUGCAGAUGCUGACAGUCAAAACUUAUCAUCAGUGAUUUGGUAAUUUAGCUUAUGUUCACUUGGCCUGUUGUUAUUGUCCACAGAUAUUCAUGAGUUGGUGCAUUUUUUAAAUAGUUCUCAGAUUUUAAAUCAGUUUAUCUUUCACUACAAUUCUUCAACUAUUGGAUGAGCCCAUAGUAAUGAGCUGGUACUUAGUGCUAAAUGAUAGUUCAGAAUAUAACUGAACCAAUAGCUUUUGUUUCUUUUUUUUUUAAAGUUCCAAAACUUCUGCCUCACUUGAGAAAUGGAAAGGAAAAAAAAGACUGAAUACUUGGUAAUAUUUUCUUCUACCACAUGUAUGCCUCAAAAGUAACUGAAAAUGGAUAAUACAGUUAGAUGUCGGCAGCAGUAUUAAUGAACAUGAUGGCUUGGUUAUUAUUCUAUAGCAGAAUUAAUUAACUCCCUCCUCUAGUUGAAGAAUUAUUUGACUGUAGUGAUCUCUGCUAGGUUGCGUACAUAAUUUGCAGAUUGAUAGAGGCAAUACGGCUUCAGUAACUUGUACACCAACACAUGCUAUAACUUGGUGUUAUAUUCUAAUAGUAUCUUAUCACCAGGGAAUGUGCAUUUCUCACAGGAGCCACUUUGUUCCUGUUUUACAUUAAUUUAUCUAGGGAUUGUUUCAUAUAAUGCUGAAGUAUAUUAACUAAUCCUCAUUUGUGCAAAUUAGCAACACUUUGGGAGGGGAGAGGGGAGAUCAAAGGUCAAUGGUUCUUUGAACUAUUAAUUAAGUAGUAGUCCUUAACUUUUCUUCCUUAUAUUCGCAAUCACCCUUGAUGGACUACCAUAAAUACCUGAAGCCUUAUAUCUUCUCUAUAUUGGAAAAUACCAUGGACCAUAACCUUGCCAAUAAGACACAAACAUUAUGUUGGCCCAAUAAUAUUUUAAGGCAAAUUUAACCAUUUAGUACAGUGUUAUAUUUACACUUAAGAAAAAAAUGUGGAUUACAUCACGUAACAAAAUCUACAAUUCAAGCCUUUACUGUGAAGGGAAUUUCAUUAAGGCCAUAGUAGAGAAGUGCUUGCUGUGUGAGGUUUACCAUAUCACCAGAACAUCUUUCACAACUGUGGCAUUUGAACCAAGCAAAGUGGCACAUUUCCCCAUCAAAUGCUUGCCUGCACCAUCCAUGUGUAAUAUUCGUGCUGAACUGUGAAGUGGAAGUAGGAGGAGUUUCUGCAGGUGUCCCGCCGAAUUCACAAGAAAGAAAGGAAUCCAUGAGUAGCUAUUGCUUCAGACUACUGCUGAAGUAAUUACUACAGUCCUACUGAGGAUCUGCCAUUUCUAUGAAGUACAUGGGGCAAUGUUUUACUGUGAAAAUCAGAAUUGACCGGAAAAUGUCUAAUGCUAACGUUGUAAGUAACAAAUAAGUUCCACAGCAAAUAAUGAUCCAGGUGUGUAAUAACUCUAUGUGAUCAAUUCUACAGUUUUAACACACUCUUGGAGAAAUCACACAACUUUUCUAUGAGUGUUUAUCCAUAUUUUCUUAACAAGUUCAAAAAUACUUUCUUAAAAAAUAUAUUAUAAUUACAAUAGAUGACAAUUCAUUCCACUCAUCUGUUAUAAUACAGCAAUAUAUCUAGGAAAAGAAAUUUAAUCAAAGGUAAAACAGGACUAAUAAACAGCUCAAAGCUGUCUGUGUUGAUAUUUGAAGCCUGCCAGUAGCAACUUCUAGCCCGAUUAAUGUGACAUUAUAAUCAGGAGGAGGAGGAGGAGGAAAGGAGAGUCAAAGGUGUCCCUCCUUCUAAAGCUGAUAUCUUCUUGUCUUUACAAAGAGACAGUAUGUUUAUACAAAUGUGAAAUUGGAAUACCAAUAGUGCAGAAUUCAUAGUUAUAUUGCACAAACACUCAAUAUUAUUGGAAGUAUUAAACUCCUUCCCUAUGUAGUGGGCAGUAUUCCUCAAGAAAAAUUCAUUUCCUUCAUGAUGUAACCCAGUGAACAACAAAUACAAAGAGACGUUAGGUGCAACAUUUUGGUUCUGUCACUCCACGUUCUCUCGGUUUCCAUCACAACACUCAUUCCACUCAUAAUGAAAUAUAUACAUUAAUAAACUACUAGUCUAGAAGUCAGAUUUCUCAUUGCUAUUUAGUUAAGUAUAGUAUUAAAGCAAAGAUUUGAAAUGGAGUGAAACAGAAAAAUGUUUGUUUCCUGGUCAUUCUGCAUUAAUCCUGAAAUUCAGCUGGGUGCUUCCCAGCACAAGUCUUGCUUCUGGGCCUUGUAUGACUUCAGCAUCAAAUGUGUAUCCAACAAAGUAAAUCCUCUGGAGCUUUGCUUGGGAGUGUCAACUUCCAGCUCAAAAAAUGUUUCACAGCACAUUGCUGGGAACCCAUUAAAGCUAAUCCAAUACAUAAUUUACAUUCUCAGGGGCUGUUUCCAGCCAGCAAUAAAUACUUUCCUACCCACCUGCAGCCAUCUAUGCCAAUGAACCAGCCCCUGGAAUCUCUGGACCUGCACCCGACGUUCCCCAAGACCAGCAUUCUGACUACAGGCCCAUUCCAAUCACCACCCCAAACCAUUCCCCAACCCGUAUUCCAGAUAUUUACCUCAUCACUGAAUUACCCCCUCCAGCGUUAAAGACCACCAUCCCCCAUCCCAGUUCCAAUUCUGACCUGCACAUUUUUAAUCUGCAGAAGGGAGUGACACCCAUCCAGUGAAGUCCUUGAGAACUACAGUGUUGGGUAAUGGCACAUAAUGCCCAAAGCCUGGGCUGGUGCACUCCAAAUCCAGGCAUUAGAGCACAUCAAAAGAUCCUUCGGCCUACGAUAUGUGUACUGAAUUUUAUUAAAUAGGCAUCAAUCUCAAGUCUGAAAUGACUUACGGAGCAAAAUUUCUGUUACAACUGUGAAUCUAGUAAAGCAACAGUAAACUUAGUGAAAAAUUCAACCUCUGUCACGUGCACAACAUUCAACCUGCUGAAGCUUGCACUUUGAAUGCCACGACUGAAAUUUGGCUCUGUUGAAGUCAUUAAAGUUGCAUUUCAGAAGCAGGGUUCAUACAAUUGCCACACACCAUGUGCUUAGUGUAAACAAGAGAAUGGAUUUUUAUGCCAAAGGGUUAAAGUUGUACCUUCAGGUCCACAAUAUGAAGGUCUAAUUUCUUGAAGGAUACUGUCCUUAAAAUUACCAGCUCCUUUUGAAGCCACAGAGACACACAAUGUCUUGCACUUUGAAUUAGUCUCGGAUUAUAAAAAAGAUUUAUACAGGGAUUAACAUCCAAAACUCUCAAAAAUAAACAUUCUGAUAUUUUACUGUAGUUGUUGGGACAUCUAUUUUAAAUAUAAUGUAUUAUAUGUGAGAGUUCAAAGUAUUUUGAGAGUCAUAGUUUUACAUAGGCUGUAAAUAGUUUGGGGUGGGAAAAUAAAUUGGGAGGUGUUUUAGUCCUGAAAUCCACCUGGUGCAUUUUGCAAAUGAAAAAUAUGAAUUAGCCAAUUUAUGAAAAGGUGGAUUUAUCCUGCAAUAGUUUUUAAACCCCAGUGUUUUCUUCUUUAAAAAAAAUCCAAUUUUUGAAUCUUCUGAAGAAGAUAUUUUUCCUGGUCUUUGUACACUAUUUAGUUCAGGCAAUAAGUAUGUGUCAUGUUUACUAACAUAUAUGUAAGUGUUGUUCUUGUAUUUAUGUACAAUGUAUGUAUUGUAAAUAUAUUCAGAGCUUUUCAUCUUACUGUAAAAUGAUGGUAUCCCCAAAAGUGUAAAGGGAGUCUCUGUAAUGAAAUUGUGUGGGAGAAUAUGUUUUGCCCUCGUCUCUUCUGAAAGACUGAAAUGAAGUGUUUAAUUUUCCACAUGUCCCAGAACUUCACUGUCAUUGCUUCGCGUUUCUGUAUCCAACUUUCAUAUGAGCUGAGCUGUGAAUUGAAGAAUUAUAGUACCCAUUUUAAACGUAUGCAUUUGUAAUUACCCGAAUUAUGAAUGGAGGCAUGAAGAUUAAAUAAAGUUGCUUUUGUAUGUAAC